UAUCAUUAAACUAUGCCGUUUUUGAAAAUAUUAGAUCUAAGAUCAUGUCAAUUCUUGGAAUUGAUAAGAGAAUGACCAUUAUUCUGAAAAGGUGAAGGAGAUUAUUAUAUAUAUAUAUAUAUAUUUUAUGGUAAAAAAGAAGAAAAACUAAAGAAAUUUUGGAAGAUUAAAUGCUUGGAAUACAUUACUGCAUUCCUUUUCUUUCUUAAGAUCCCAAUAAUGAUGGAUUUUAAAGAAACUGUUAAAAUAAGCAUCCUUCAUUACCUCAAUUCACAAUUAUAAAUACUCACAUGUAAAACUUUUUCAAAUGAUUGCGAUUCAUCAUUAAAUUCAAAAUUAUUAAAACUAUAUAUAGGAAAAAGAAAAGAGGUAGACUUUUGAGGGAGAUUGAGUUUGAGUCUUCUUUCAAUAAUUAUAAUAUAUAUAUAUAUAUACAUAUAGCAUUAAAUAUAAUAUGAGAAAGUUGGUUAUAGUCACUUGCACACAUAGUUGUUCAUUACUUGCUUCCAAGCUAGCUCUAAUUAAUAUUCCCACGCUUCACUUCAAAUCUUUCAUAUAGUAUUGUUUUUUUUUUAUUAUUGAUCCAAAAUAGGAUGACUUCUGGCUUCAUUUCAACCAUUGAUUUAAUGGCUUUGGUUUUAAAAUUUGUUUUUAGGCAUUCUCUUUAACGUGCCACACACAAACAAUAUAUUAUGGACAUACCAAAUUAUUCUUCACUUAACACCAAAAUCUUGUAAAACCAUUGACUUUUCUCUCACCGUUUGAGACAAAAUAUGUAUUCUAUAUCAACAUUAAGAAUCCACCUUAUGCUCAUCAUUUAUGCAUGCAUCAUGCUCCGUCAACCAAUAAAAUCAAGACACCUAACCCAUUUUUUAAAACCAUAUUUAUGUCCAUCUAAAACUAGACAAGUUAUUUUUCUUUUUAAUUUAAAAUAUUUUUUAUGUUUAAAAGAGAUUAAUCAACACACAUUUGUUAAAAAUAUCAAAUUUGAUAAAAUAUUUACAAUAUACAGUAAAAUUUUAGAUCCUAUCAAUAGUAAACAUUAAUAGACACUUAUAUAUUUCUAUUAGUGGCAUUGAUAGAUAAUAAUAGAAGUCUAUCAAUGAUAAAAUUUAAUAUUUUAAACGUGUAAAUAUUUUAAUUUAUUUUAUUGUUUUUGAAAAUAUCCUGUGUUUUUAAAUAUUUUCAUUAAUUUCCUCAUUUGAAACUUUUUUUGUUUUCAUAAUAAUCAUUGGAGUAGAAAUUUGUUUGAAUUUUGGAUGGAAAUUAUCACCAAGUCUCCACUGUGCUCAAAUUCCAAAUUCUGUCCAAUAUUCUUAUUUUAUUUUAAAAUAGUUGUAAAAAGUCAGGGUAAUGGAGAAGUAGAGGGACAUUUGUCCUAAUUUUUAUAUUAUAUAUAUGUGUGUAUAUAUUGACCCACACAAACACACACUUUGUUACUCUUUAAAUGUGUUGAUUGUAUCACAUGCCAUGCACUAUUAAUCUUGGUAAAAUCAGAAGUGAAAUAUUAUUAUUGAUACCCAACAUUUUGAUCUAUAAUUUUCACUAAUUGAAUUGAGAGAUUAUAUUCAUAUGAUACUAUCGUCAAAUUUUCACUGGGUAAUUACUCUAAAUAGAUUCUUCCUACUCAAGUCUAUGCUAUAUAUAUACAAAAAGAACUUUGUUGAGUAUGAAGUCAAACUCUAACAUUGGCCCGAUUAUAUAAGUUUAUGUGUCACUUUCAUUAUGGGUUGAUAUGCCAAAUAUUUCUUAAUCAACAACUAAGUUCUUACUUGAUUCCAUCAAUCUAACUUCCCAAAGCUAACUAAUCCACCACUCUUAAGAUUUUAUUUCUCACUCCUACACAAGUUAAUUAAUGUCAAACAUUAGCAAACUAUUUGUUCCAAGCUUGUAAUAUAUCUUGCUUAAACUCUAAUUUCAAUAGCAUGAGUUCCUCAAAGCUUUCAUGUUUGUGUCUUGAUUAAUAAUUAUAAAUUUAUUUCACACAUAAUUAAAAUUAAUGGUGAACAUGGUAUAGAUAUGCUAGAUGCUAAAUUGAAAAUUUGAGAACUUAUGAAAUAAAUUUGAAGGUUGGGGACAUAAUAGGGCUAUUCGUAAUUUACCAAAUUAUAAUAUUAGUAGGCUAAAGGAUCGUCCAUUGAAUAAAUUUUACAAAAAAUGAAGAAAUUGUAGAAUAAUGAAGCAUGCUUGUGUUUUUGGUAAUGACCUAUGAAAGUUGUUCAAAUUAAUUUAAUUUAACUAAAACAAGGUUGAGUGUGUGUAUGGAUGGCUGAGUCAAUAUAUAUAUAUAAAGGCCCUCAUGAUGUGUGUCUUUUGUUGGAAACAAAGCACAGUUGUUCAAAAUUAAUUAUAAGCAUAUUCAGUAAUUGCCUAAAGAUACUCACUUAUCCAAAUCUUGAUUUGCUUCAAUUUUAUAAUACUCCAAAUAAAACCUUAUGAUUAGGUAACUAUUUGAUUCUUAUAUGCAUGUGUAUAUGAAAUCACUAUUCCAAAGAUAAACUGUAUGAUGCUGAGCUUUGAAUGUAGUUAAUUUUAUUGAAUUUACACUUUUGUUUAGUUAAGAAAUUAUGUUGCGGAGGCAUUUGAAUUUCUGUUAUCUUGAAUUAACUGUUAAUUAAUUACUUAUAAGAAAAUUAUUUGUAGAGUCUAACCUAAAUCUCAUCGGAACUACCCUUCGCUUUCACACUCUAUGAUAAAAUUAACAACUUUUCUUCUUUUCUAACAUAAAAUGAACAAAUUGUAUUUUUUACAUAAUUAAGUUGACACUUGAAAAGAGUAGACAGAAUAUAAAAUUUCUUCCAAAGAGAGAGAGAGAGAGAUUAUUAUUAAUAAUUUCAACACCCAUCUCAGGAACCAAAACAAUCAUAUGAAAGCUUGAUGAAAUAUGCAGUUUGUGAAACUCUCAAGUUAAGGGAUCAUAUGACAUGUGAAAACCCAGUUGUUAUAUUGUUAUUAUGGGCAAAGUUUGUUUUGAAAAAAAGAAAAGAAAGAAACUUAAAUAUAAGUGGCCAUGCAAUGUGAAGAAAAUUUGAAAGAAAUUAAAAAAGAAAAGAAAGAAAAAUAAUAAUAUUUAAGAUAGAGAGGAAGAAGAAGAAGGAGAAGGAAGAAGUAGUAGUGGGUGCACCGCAGAUUCCGUGGGUACAGCCUUGCACUCCAAUCAUCCCAUGCACAAAGGGUGGAGAAAAAGGAAGAAGAACAAUGGAAGUUGUUGAUCAUCAAGAAAAUUCAGAUAUGGGGUCUAAAGAACAACAACAGGCUGCUUUGAUUGCUAAAGGAAAGAGAACUAAGCGCCAAAGGCUUCAUUCUCCAAUCCCUUUUGCUGUUCCAACCAAUUCUUCUAGUGGGGAUUUAGGAGGAGUUGUUGUUGUUGUUGCUGAUCAUGAUGAUCAUCAUUCUGAUUUUGUACCACAGAAUAAUGAUCAUUACCAAAGUAAUACCAAUUUUUCCCCUUCUUCAUCCUCUGCUCAUGAUGAUCAAUUAGUGCAGCAAUUCAACAAUAAUACCUCCACUACUACUGAAGAAGAAGAAGAUAUGGCUAACUGUCUCAUUCUCCUUGCUCAAGGCCGACCUCCGUGUUCUCCACUGACAAAACAACUCGAUACCGGACCGUUUCAUCAUGUUACCAAUAAUGUUCGGAGAUUCUCAGCAGAGAAUGUUGAAAAGGGUGGGGGGGUUGGAUGUUAUGCUUACGAGUGCAAGACAUGUUAUAGGACAUUCCCAUCAUUUCAAGCUUUGGGAGGACACAGGGCUAGUCAUAAGAAGCCUAAGGCUAUGGAAGCUGAAAAGAAGCAUAUUUUAUCUUCAGAUGAUGAGGAGAUACAAUUCAAGAACAAUAAUAUCACUACUACACACUCACUUUCUUUGCAAUUGAAUCAGAGGGGAAGUUUGAAUAGCAGUGGUAAGGCUAAGGUUCAUGAGUGUGCUAUCUGUGGAGCUGAAUUUACAUCUGGGCAGGCUUUGGGAGGUCAUAUGAGACGCCACCGUGCCAUGCCGGUUGGGACAAACACAGCGUUGUCUCUGACUCCGAUGAACAUGGAAACUGAGGAUCAAAGACAACCAAAGAGACAACGAAGUGUUCUUUCUUUGGAUUUGGAUCUUAAUCUUCCUGCUCCUCAAGAACAUGAUCAAAGAUCAGAAUCAAAGUUCUUGAUGAAGUCAAACCAACAACAGCAACAACAGCAGCCACAACAACAACAUAAUAAACAGCAGCAGCAGCAGCAGCAACCACUUGUUUUUCCAGCCAGGACUUUGGUUGACUGUCAUUACUAAGGAUGGAUAAGAAUUCUAAUUUUUGUCCCCCUAAAAGACUUGAUGUGAUUAUGUGAAUUCAUCUUCUUCAUUUUUUUUUUUUUUGUUUGGAAAAUUUACCUUUCAAUGUCAUCAAAUUCUUUUAAUUUUUAUUUUUCAUUCUUUUUUUUUUUCCCUCCCAACUUUGAUCAAAACUGUUAUAAUGUAACUAAUGAAAUUGUUUUCUGUAACACUUUGUUAGAAUUCCCUCUAUGCUUUUUGGUCAUGAAAAUUGCAUGAAAGGGCAUCUUUCUUUUUCUUUUUUCUUUUUUCUUUGGGUUGGUUUGUCACCACCAUCACCAAAACUCAUGUUUUUUGUUACAUUUUUUUCAUUGAUAAGGAAUUUUAUCUCUUUCUCUC